UUCUUACCGUUAAACCUAGUUUUUCGAUUGAUAUACUAGGUAUAUUGAAUACUUGUGAAUUUGGCUUGCCAUACAGCACGGCGUCCAUAUUUGUUUACAAAAAACGAAAAGUUUACGUCAACCGAUAUAAUAAUUUUAAAAAGCUUUGAAAAAAGUUAUAACGCGGCAUCGAUUGAAGUUCAUGAAAUUUUUUUUGUGGUGGUGAUCGUCAAAAACAACAUUGGUAACAUCAUAAGAAAACAUGUAUUGUAAUUAAACAGAAGGAACAAAACAUGCAAGAUAACGCUACCAGAAGAUCAUUGAAGAAAUUUGAACUUUGUUAUGGUUGCUACGAUGACGAAGCAAAGUUUCGUUGUGGGGACUGCAAAGAACGAUUGUAUUGCAGCAAAUUGUGUCAAAGAAGAGAUUGGAAAUUGCGACACAAGAAAAUAUGUCCUGGAAGACCUUCGUACAAAGGCACACUGAAAGAUUCGGACAAGUCUAAUAUAGGUGUGGUUAGUAUAGGCAAGUAUUACUUUAUUCUCGAAGAAAAAGCACGUGAAUUGACUCGGAAAGAAGUAGUAUAUAUCGUAAAGUCUUGUAAGCAACCUAACCUUGACAUUCCACCAUAUCAUAAAGAAUAUCAGGAGACAUACCCUGACGAAAAAGAACAUUACCAUUUCCUAAAAGAUGUUUUUUAUCGUCAAAUGUUAAAUCAUAUAACCAACAAAGAAAUAACUAGAUGUAGAGAAAAUUACAAGCGCCUAUUGCCAGUCUCUAUUCUCAGAGAAAGAUUAAGUUAUCCAAAAGAAUUUUAUCAAAUAUUUCGAAAUACACCUGCAGCAAAAACAACCUUCGAAUUUGGAAAGACGUAUGUUUUCAUCGGUCAUGUGGACUUACUCGAGUGCCUGAUGAGAGAAUUUAUUGGUAAUGGUGAUAAAGUAAAUGUGUACGGAUUUGAGCAGUCUGAAAUAUGUGUGGCGCGUUCCUUGAUUAUCUACGAAAUGAUGAAAAUAAAGAAGGAUGUUGAUUCUAUUCUGGAAGUUUGGUUUUCGACAGGCUGGAGUGAAAAAACAUCAGAAGAUUUUCACAGCGCAUGUGGAAAUGUAGUCACGUCAAGUCAACCACAAGAAGUGAGGGAUUUGAUAGAUCAUUGGAAAGUUACUUAUUUAUCGUUGAAUAAAGCAAGACUAAAAUGGAAGCAGGGCUAUUUAACAAGAAAGUCACUCAAUGCGAUCGCGAAUCUCAUUAAAAAGCAAGAUAGCGUUGAAUUUUGUCGAUACCAAUUAACUGGUCAAAUAUUGGUCAAUUGGAUUUGCAAAUCUAUGGUAAUGUCACAAUGUUUUCGCUCACCCCGGUUUUUGAAGAAUAUCUUCUUUCAGUAGCAUAAUUUUUCAACUCCUUUAGUCAAGGAAAAGGAACUUUCUUCUGAAAUCAAUUUUAUUGAAUGUGUAACACAGCACUACAAAUCGAAACUGGAGCAGUUGGUGAAAUUGGUAGCAGAAAGUAAAGUAGAAAUCACGUUGAGUGUAAUGGACGUUCAGUUGGAAAACAAACAAGCAAUAAAUCAUAUCCAAUCAUUGAAAGCAGAUUAUAUUGAUUGGAACAACAUUGGAGAGUAUAUGGAGAAAGAAAAGUUUUUUGAAUUAGCCAGUGCUUGUUCUACAAAAGAAACGAUGCACUUCCAACAUUUCAUGAAUUGGUUCAAGCGGUAUCAUGGGGUACGUCUUUGCCAUUUUGAUACUUUUUUUGUGAAAUCGAAAAAAGCAAUUAUCGACAUGUUGGGAAGUUGUGCGUUCCUCAGGAAAGACGAAUAUUUUGACCAUCAUUCGGUGAUUUUAAUAAACAGUUUUGCAAACCAGUACAUAAAUGAGUUUGUGCAGCAUCAAUUUAACUCAGAAGAAAUCGAAAUUUUACACAUCGAUUAUCCGGAAAUAUCUAACCCAUUUCUUCGUAUGGGCUAUAUUUUCCAUGCUUCUUUUCAAUUCAAACAGCAAGUAAUAAACCGGAGACAUUGUAUUUUCAAAUUUACAAUCAAAUAACAAAAGACAGGAAAUUUAGAAGUUGACUUUAUAUGUUUACUGUUUACCUUUACAUAUGGAUACAGUAUACAAUGUGGCCUCAGAAUGAUCGUAUCGUUGAUAUAAUAUUUCGAAAUUUUCGAUUUAAGUUGGAUCAAAAUUACAAUGACGUCAAUGAUUUAUUGAACUUCAAAUUCGUUACAGCUGACGGUAUUUCCUAAGGUGUGUAUAUCGCGCAAUUAAAAUAAUUAUUUUCAAUGUUGAAAAAUCCAACUUGGAAUUACAAGUUUUUGGAGAAAGAAAAGAAGAAUUCCAAUAUAUUUAAAAAGAAAUUUUGACCAUAUUUUGCCAAAUGUAAGCACUAUUUCUGUUGGAGUAUAGGCGGCGAGCGCAGUGCUGAACAAGGGCAAUGCCCUACAUGUGUUGGGUUGAAUGUCAUAAAAAAUGAAAAAAUAAUGGUUUCUAUUUGCAUAAUGAAAUGGUGCCUUAAGCGACAGCAAAUAAAGAACCUUACGUAUGAGAAUAACUAGUUGUAAAGAAAUUUUGAGAAUUCGUAUGGCAUAUGAUCUGCUUGAAUAUUUUUCAAAAAACCUUUUUUGGUGUCUAUUCAAAAUCGAUUAAAAAAUUUACUAAAAAUGUUAAGGUAAUCGGGGUCUAAUAUAUGAAAAAUUUUAAUAUUUAACCGUCAGCUAUAAUUUUAAGAGAGGAUGUUAAAUCUUUUUGUGAGAUAAAAGCAACAACUUUGUACUUUAAGCUUUGAGCACAAAAUUGUUAAAAUUGGUUUUGUGAUUUUUGUUAUUUAAUGUUGUUUGCACGAUUUCUUUUUAGAAUGUGCACUAAAUUUGUUUUCCCUUAUUUUUUACUCAUGGUUAACCAUUGUAGUAAGAACACACGAUUUUAGAAGUUCGACGUAAUUAAAUUUAUACAAUGUCUUUUAUGUUCUUCGAUUAAAUCUAGUAUUAACGGUAUGGUAGUUGAAAUGAGUUGGUAUAUGAUUAUCUGUUUCUAUGUUUGCACAGAGAAAGUAAAUCUUUGGGAAAUUCAAUACAACAUUGAUAGUGUAUUUGAGGUUUUUUACCAUGAGAUUGUUAAUUAUAUUGUUAAUAAUUGGUUUUAAAGGAGAAUUGAGGUCAAAAUUGACUUUUUUGAUUUUUUAUUAUAAUUUCACUCAUACCAUAAAAACAAAAAUGUUCCGAAAACAUUAUGCAAUUUUAUGAAUUUUUGAGGGAGGUAUGAGGUUGCAAAGUCAUUCGGCAAUGACAUCACAAGUACGAGAGCGGCUGAAACGCACAAAAAACAAAGUCGAAUGUUUAUAUUCAAAGAGUGCAGCACGACAGAAGGAUGUUUGAAACGCAGAAAUAUUGUUGAUUUCUUAUACUUAGUGCGUUUACUUAGAUUUGUCUUUUAUUUAACAUUUAUAUUCUUUAUUUGUAUAUUUUUAAUAUAUCUUCUAAAUCAAGGCAUUUGGAUUUUUUUUUACUACCUCGAGCGAUUAAAUUAAGAAAGA